UAUGCGGUUGCGCGAGCGGGUUGCAGAAUUGCACGAGGGUGUCUGAUUACACCCACAAGCCCCUCUCCACCGCUCACCCACCCGGGUACCGAUGUUGACAAAGAGCCGGAACAGAAGGAUGGUUGGUCGAGCCCCAGCGUCAGUCUGAGACCAUCGAAAAAGCGAAUAUCGGACGGCACGGUGUGGCUGAUCCGGUAGGAUUCGGGCUCUACCUGCACAACGCAAUUUCAUUAACACAAUUCAAGCGGAUCGGCGGCGGAGAUCCGAAAUGAUCAGCGGCGAUCUGAAGGCAUCACGGAAGCAUGAGCGAGGCCCGGUGGGCUUCUUGAUGUAUUGAACGUGAUCGUGAAGCAAGACGGUGAAGCGAGCUGGACCUCACCGGGGACUUCGCUUUCUCCCGACGCAUCGCGGGGCCCAAACCGUGCCUCAAGCGCGAGAGCAUGGGCCGGUGCGACGGGAAGUGCACGCUGGUGGUCAUCUUCUGCCUACAGCUGGUUGCUGUUUUGCAGAGGCAGGUGUUUGACUUCCUGGGAUAUCAGUGGGCACCCAUCCUUGCCAAUUUCCUUCAUAUCAUGGCUGUCAUUAUGGGAGUGUUUGGAACUGUGCAAGUCCGCACUAGAUAUGUUAUGAUGUAUGCUCUGUGGCUUGUGGUCUGGGUCGGCUGGAACUCUUUCAUCAUCUGUUUUUAUCUGGAAGUUGGACACUUUUCACAGGACAGGGGUUUCCUAAUGACAUUUAACACAUCACUUCACCGUUCCUGGUGGAUGGAGAAUGGGCCUGGUUGCUUAGUUACAUCAGUGCCUGACUCGCCAUUGGCUCCUCAGGAUCAUCAUGUGAUCACCGUCAGUGGCUGCCUACUGGACUACCAAUACAUAGAGGUGGUCAGUUCAGCCUUGCAAGUGUUCCUUGCACUCUUUGGAUUUGUUUAUGCCUGCUAUGUUCGUAAAGAUCUACUGGAUGAUGAGGAUGAUUUGGAUUUCAUUGCUGGAUUUGACUCUUAUGGUUACCAACCUCCACAAAAGAGUUCUCACCUACAGCUGCAGCCAAUCUAUACGGCUUGAAAGGAACCAGAGAAAAACCCACCAGAGGGAAACAACUGCUACACUCUGGGAGAUGAAUUCCUCUGCGAUGUGGGAUACGUUCUACCAGCUCCGAUGUCUGUCUCUCAUACACCGUCUCCCACUGCUGGAGAAAUUCUAUAGUGCAGCACCAGCCUGCGUGUGUGACUGAGUGAGUGCGAGAGAGAACAAGCUUACGAACCAGACAAUGCUUAAGCCCCAUUGAGACGAGCAUUACUAAAUAAGAAUUAAACAUGGCAACAGUGUGUGUGUGUGUGUGUGUGUUUAAAAGUGUGCACAAGCACAAUGGACUUUGUAUACGUUUGUGUUGAGCCAUGUAAUCUUUGAAUUCAUGCUUGCUCAGCUCUUUCAGGUGUGUGUAUGCGGGUGUGUAAGAGAGAUUGUUUAUAUUCCGAUGUAAGACACUAUAAUGUAACGUGUUAGAUGAAUGUUUUAGGAUGGGUAGAUGUGUAUUUGGAGAAUGCUGUAGGACUUUGUGCAUGUUAAAAUCAUGGUAGAGAAACGUUGUGCCUCUGGGUGGCUCUAAUAUGUCUGCGAGCAUGAGUGUGUGUGUGUGUCUGAAUUUGUUGAUGUACACAGACAAUAAGUUUUGAUAUGUAUUUAUGCACCUAACACAUAAUGUGACUAGCCAUAAAUGUUUAUUUGAAGACAACUUAAGAAUGAAUGUAUGUUGAUGUACAAUACUUGUUUCAGAAGGGAUGUGUCUGAGUGAGUGAGACCGAAAGAUAAAUUGAGCGUGUGAGGGACACACCUGCGUAUGGGAAGGGUGGGACGGUUGUUCAGCAUAAUAAACAGUCUUUCUAGAUUA